AUGGGAGCUGUACCAUCAGGACACACUGGCAUGGAAAAGGAGAACUCCGCGACGGGCGGAGGUGGAGGUGGAGGUGGUGAUACACAAACAACUGGAACAACAGGCUCAAUGGGCCCAUCUGCAUCUGAUAAACUUCAAGCUGAUCAGGCAAAUCCUUUGCUAGAUCCAAGUGCAUUAUUUGGUGCAUAUUGGCCAAGAGGUGAUAGUGGUGCAUCAUCAUUAUUUGGUGGUAUGCCAGGUGGUUAUGGACUUGGUGCUCAUCAUUUACCAUCAGCUUAUGCAAUGUUAGGUCGUGGUGGUACAGCACCAGGUUUUGGUGGACAUUCACCAGCUACAGCACCACCACCGCCACCACCACCAUAUUCACAUGCAAGUCUUGGAACACUAAGUGUUGCUGCAAGUCAAGCUGCAAGUUUAGGUAUAAAUCCAGCUAGUGCAGCAUGGUGGACAAUGGCAUCCCACCUGGCUGCUCAAGAUUAUCUAGCGAGGUUACAGGGUGCAGCAGGUCUACCAGGUUUUCCACCAGGUGCUGAAAGUCUUUUACCACCGUAUCCUGCCUCGUUAUUAAAUCCACCGUCCUUAUCAUCAUCAUCAUCAUCCCACAAGUCUAGUAAGUCUAAACAGUCAAAAACAACAGUCACAACAAGUAGUGGUGAACAGUAG